AGUUUUACAACUACUAUCAUAUUACUUGCCGUUUAAUUAUCAACAAGUUGCCGUUUUAAAUCACAGUACAAGAGGUCAAGUCUAGUCGUCUUUACUUUUCUUCUGUUUUUUCUUUUUGUUCCGUUCGAAAGAGAACGUCAGAUUAGGUUCUAAAAGUAUAUUAAAAAAAAAUUAUGUCAGUUUCAAAAAUAAUUUAGAUUCAUACUGUAGCUACAUUUUGAAGUUUCAGCAGCUGUAGAAGAAGAUUUAAUUUCUGCUCGGAGAGUUUAGUUUGUUUUGGGAGGUGAUUAUGGAGAACUAUUUGAAUGAAAAUUUCGGCGAUGUGAAGCCGAAAAACUCAUCGGAAGAAGCUUUACAGAGAUGGAGAAAGCUGUGUUGGUUAGUUAAGAAUCCGAAAAGAAGAUUUCGUUUCACUGCUAAUCUUUCUAAACGAUUUGAAGCUCACGCUAUCCGCCGCUCCAAUCAGGAAAAGCUUAGAAUUGCAGUGUUGGUUUCGAAAGCUGCUCUUCAGUUUAUCCAUUGUCUUAAUUUGUCUAGUGAUUACACCGUACCUGAAGAGGUUGAGGCUGCUGGUUUUAAAAUUUGUGCUGAUGAACUGGCAUCAGUUGUCGAAGGCCACGAUGUGAAGAAACUGGCAAUUCAUGGUGGUGUGGAGGGUCUAGCUGGGAAGGUUUCCACAUCAGUUGCUGAUGGGAUUUCUACUUCUGAGGACUUACUAAGUAAAAGGAAAGAAAUCUAUGGAGUUAAUAAAUUCGCUGAAAGCCCUCCUCGAGGUUUCUGGCUUUUUGUUUGGGAAGCUCUUCAAGAUAUGACUCUUAUGAUACUCGGUAUUUGCGCCUUAGUUUCCCUUAUUGUUGGCAUAAUUAUGGAAGGAUGGCCUAAGGGUGCCCAUGAUGGACUUGGAAUUGUUGCAAGUAUUCUGCUUGUUGUGUUCGUCACUGCUACGAGUGAUUAUAGGCAAUCUUUGCAGUUCAAGGAUUUGGACAAGGAGAAGAAGAAGAUAUCAGUUCAUGUUUCGAGAAAUGGUUUGAGGCAGAAGCUCUCAAUAUAUGACUUACUCCCCGGGGACAUUGUUCAUCUUUCCAUUGGUGAUCAGGUCCCUGCAGAUGGACUCUUCAUUUCAGGGUUUUCUUUGUUAAUUAAUGAAUCCAGUCUAACAGGAGAGUGUGAACCUGUUCAUGUGAAUACUGCAAACCCUUUUCUCCUUUCCGGAACCAAAGUUCAGGAUGGAUCCUGCAAAAUGCUCGUGACUACUGUUGGAAUGAGAACACAGUGGGGUAAACUGAUGGCUACUCUCAGUGAAGGAGGAGAUGAUGAGACCCCAUUGCAGGUCAAACUGAAUGGAGUAGCAACUGUCAUUGGUAAAAUAGGCCUAUUUUUUGCUGUUGUGACAUUUGCUGUCCUAGUGGAAGGAUUAUUCAGACGUAAGAUUCAAGAAGGAAGCCAGUGGAUGUGGUCUGGUGAUGAUGCUAUGGAAAUGUUGGAAUUUUUUGCUGUUGCUGUUACAAUUGUUGUGGUUGCAGUUCCUGAGGGGCUGCCCUUGGCUGUGACUCUAAGUCUUGCUUUUGCCAUGAAGAAGAUGAUGAAUGACAAGGCACUUGUUCGCCAUUUAGCAGCUUGCGAGACCAUGGGGUCUGCCACGACUAUCUGCAGUGACAAAACUGGGACGCUAACAACUAACCAUAUGACUGUUGUAAAAGCAUGUGUUUGUGGGAUAAUCAAGGAAGUGGGCAGCUCUGAGAGUGCUAAUAAUUUUGGAUCUGCAAUGCCCGACUCUGCUAAGAGAAUCCUGCUUGAAUCUAUUUUUUAUAACACUGGAGGAGAAGUUGUUACAAACAAAGACAAGAAAAUUGAGAUACUAGGAUCACCCACUGAAACUGCUCUUUUAGAACUGGGGCUUUUACUAGGAGGAAAUUUCCAAGAAGAAAGAGGGAAGCUAAAUAUUGUUAAGGUUGAACCAUUCAAUUCUACAAAGAAGCGAAUGGGUGUAGUUUUAGAGCUUCCCGGAGGAGGUUUCCGGAUACACUGCAAGGGAGCCUCUGAAAUAAUUUUAGCUGCAUGUGACAAAUUUAUAGAUGCAAAUGGUGAGGUUGUUCCCCUUGAUGAAGCAUCCAUCGAUUAUUUAACGAAUACCAUUGAACAAUUUGCUAGUGAAGCACUUCGAACUCUUUGCCUUGCUUACCUAGAAAUUGGAAGUGAAUUCUCUGCUGAAAGCCCUAUUCCACUUAAGGGAUAUACUUGCUUAGGUAUUGUGGGUAUCAAAGAUCCGGUGCGCCCUGGUGUCAAGGAGUCUGUUGCAAUUUGUAGAUCAGCUGGAAUUGUUGUUCGGAUGGUCACUGGAGAUAACUUAACCACUGCAAAGGCUAUUGCUAGAGAAUGUGGCAUUUUGACUGAUAAUGGACUAGCAAUUGAAGGACCUGAAUUCAGGGAGAAGAGUGAGGACGAGUUGCUUGAACUUAUACCGAAAAUUCAGGUAAUGGCCCGAUCUUCACCAAUGGACAAACAUACCCUAGUGAAGCACCUAAGAACAACUUUAGGGGAAGUUGUUGCAGUGACUGGUGAUGGUACUAAUGAUGCUCCAGCACUUCAUGAAGCAGACAUUGGGUUAGCAAUGGGCAUUGCUGGUACUGAGGUGGCAAAAGAAAGUGCUGAUGUCAUAAUUUUGGAUGACAACUUCUCCACAAUUGUGACUGUGGCAAAAUGGGGACGUUCAGUUUACAUAAACAUUCAAAAAUUUGUUCAGUUUCAACUCACAGUCAAUGUUGUUGCCUUGGUUGUCAACUUUUCUUCAGCCUGUUUGACUGGAACUGCUCCCCUAACCGCUGUUCAACUUCUCUGGGUCAAUAUGAUCAUGGAUACAUUAGGAGCUCUAGCACUGGCAACAGAGCCUCCUAAUGAUGAUUUAAUGACUAGAUCUCCAGUUGGCAGGAAAGGAAACUUUAUCAGCAAUGUGAUGUGGAGAAAUAUUAUGGGGCAGUCUUUUUAUCAGUUUGUGAUGAUAUGGUAUCUUCAGACAAGAGGAAAAGCGUUCUUUCAUCUCGAUGGCCCAGAUUCUGAUUUAAUACUUAACACUCUCAUUUUCAACUCAUUCGUCUUUUGUCAGGCUUUCAAUGAGAUCAGCUCCAGGGAGAUGGAAAAGAUUAAUGUUUUCAAAGGCAUAUUGAAAAACUACGUAUUUGUAACUGUACUGAGUUGCACUGUCAUCUUCCAAAUCGUAAUUGUCGAGUUUCUGGGCACAUUUGCAAACACAUCUCCUCUCACUUGGCAGCAAUGGUUCAUCACCAUUUGGCUUGGAUUCCUCGGCAUGCCAAUUGCUGCAGCUAUAAAGAUGAUACCAGUGGGAUCAAACUGAUACCUGCGGAUAUUCAUAAGGUACAUUUCUUAGUCAUCCAGAUUCUCUCGCAUGCAUUUUUCAACUUGUUGCCCCUUCUUUGUUAACUGUAGCAUCAAUAUAGCUAUAGUAUUUUUGUCACUGUAAAAGUUUGAAAGGGUAGCAAAAACUUGAAGCGAAGAUUGUUUUCCACUGCAUACAAUUGAUGUUUUUUAGAAGCGCAAAAGGGAUCUACACGGCUAACUUGGAUUAAAAUUCAGCACUAACUUUUAUGAUUGUAGAACAGACACUGCAAUGUUGUAUAAACAGGUCAGCUUAUUCAUAUCAAAUUUUAUUUUAUUUUUGAAAAUGAAUUAUAUUCCUGUUUGGUCA